AUGAGUGGAAGUCGGUCACCUUCACAAGAUGUGUCUAAUAUAAGCAUGUCUCCUGCCAUUUCCCCUUACCAUAAGAUUCGCCUCGUUGUAUACCAUACUCUCGCGUUGAUUCCUUCGCUUGUGGUCUUGGGAACUACUUUAUGGUCGUCAAAAGCGGUCAUGCGUCUCUGUAAUCUACGUUUACUUUUUCCUGAAACUAUCCAAGACACAUGUCCACCUGUGAUGACGCAAAGUGUCGCCUUCAUGGUCAUUAUGAUCGGAGCCGUUUGCUGGUACGCUUCCUCAAAGCUUAUCCCUGUCUUUUGGGAAGUUUCGUUUGUCGUUCUCAAGGGUAUAUGUCUUGUUUUCCAUAUGUUCACCCGAAGCUCAAGAUUCCGUGAUGUGUCCCCCUUGUCACUGUCUUUGGGAAUGGCGUUUCUUCGCACUCUUGUCGUGGAGCUGCUACGUAUAUUUGGCCAGGAAGUGAGUACCUUGAUUCUCAUUGCUUUGGCAUGGCAGCAGCACCGUGAAGUGCAACCAACUUUACUUAAUACACAAGCCAAAUGUUGGACCGGCAUGGACGACCCUCGUUUCGUGCUGGCCUUGUGGCUCGGCUGUGGUUGGGCAUCGGCGGAGGUGCUGGCCGGAUCAUACCAGUUGUACAAGUUUGUGCCUUUGUACAGAGCGAUGGGACAGCCUGCACUGGAUGAAGAAGAUCUGCUCUCUGAUUAUGUUGAAGACAGUAGAUCGGAAGAUGAUGAAGAUGGCUCGGCGCUUUCGACUCCUUCAUUCAAUAAAUUGGAAGAAAUGACCUUGGAUGAGCUCAUUCUGAUGCGAGAAAAGACAGAAUUGGAAGCGCAGCUGGGCGAAUACCUGGAAAAUGUGCCACCAGCGAUCAUUACACUAUGGCGCCUUGACUCGGUGCUAUGGCAGCUAGGGACCUGUUUACUCAUGUCUGCUGCAAUCGUCCAAGCACAAGGUUGUGCUUCGGUGUUUUAUGACGAGACACCCUACAGGUUUGUGCCAUUUCCGGCGCUUUCGUCCAUGCGUUGGACCUUGAUCAUAAUCGUAUUGAUUCACACUAUAUCCACACUAGCUUGGCUCCUUGUCUUACCGCGCCUUGGUCUAACCAAUGUCACCUACUCAUCGCUUCUUGUGGGUCUUGUAUUAUUGUCCUCUGGCCUGGGUCGCUGGAAUGUAUUGAAAUAA